ACUUCCCGUCAGUGAAAGUACGGAAGAGAUUCGCAGUGGCCGGAAACUUGUAGGGUAACGCGAUUUCUAGUCGGUUUCUGUUCCCUCUAUUUAACGUUACUAUCAGAAAGAAUGGCGUACCCAGGAUAUAACAGUUAUGGUGGCCCAAUGCCAGGGGUCCCAGCUCAGGGUAUGCCAAUGCCAGGGGUGCCAGCUGGAAUUCCUGCUGCGGGUGGAUACCCAGGACAACCAUAUGGGGGAUACCCUGGGAGCUUUCCUGCUCCCCCUGUGCAAGAUCCAAUGUGGGGAUAUUUCACAGCCAUAGCCGGACAGGAUGGUGAAGUUGAUGCUGAAGAACUCCAAAGGUGCCUCACCCAGACUGGAAUCAGUGGUACCUACAAUCCCUUUAGUUUGGAAACUUGCAGGAUUAUGAUCGCCAUGCUGGAUAGAGAUUACACUGGAAAGAUGGGCUUCAAUGAGUUUAAAGAACUCUUUGCAGUGCUAAAUGGCUGGAAGCAGAACUUUGUUAUGGUGGAUAGGGACGGCAGUGGAACCGUGGAAGCUCACGAGUUGUCCCAGUGUAUUACAAACAUGGGAUACAGAAUUACCCCACAAGCGCUGAACUGCAUCAUCAAACGUUAUAGCCGGUCAGGGAAGAUCUACUUUGAUGACUUUGUGGCGUGUUGUGUGAAGCUAAGAUCACUCACAGACAACUUCAGGAGGAGAGACACGAUGCAUCAGGGCAUGGUGAACUUUCAGUAUGAUGAUUUCAUCCUGUGUACCAUGGCUGUCUGAGGGAAUUUUCCUUACAGUCAUGCACUCCAAAAGUACUAACUGAGUCCAGCAAGACAUUUAGAGAUAUUUAUACUAAUGUGUCUGUGCAUUUAAACACAUUUGCUAAAGCAAAUUAUUAUGCCAGUAUGAUUUAUAUGUGAACAAGAGAGCUAACCAUAUAUUGCUCCAAAUACAUAUUUGUACCUUGGUUUAUUUUAAAUAGUUUCAUAUUCUUACUUUGUGACAUUUUAACUGUGUAUUAUGCUAAAACUAAAUAUAACCAGUUCACGUGC